GGGCGGUUUGGAAGAGCAGAGGCUCCAACCCAGAGCAGUCUGGAAAUGGUAGUUUCCAGGCUCCCCCACCCCCACUACCACGCAGGCGCCCUCCAGUGAAGGCAACGGAUGCUGUCGCCUCGGUGACGUCACUCCUGGCGCGCAUGACGUCACCCCCACCGAGCAUGCUAGCUGGCAGGCGAGGCUUCUGCAGACAAGUCAAAGAUGCCGGACUUCACGUUCACUUCUUAAGCUGGUGUCCUGCCCCAAGCCCACUCCGGCUCCUGUACCAAGGAAAAACCAUGUGAGGAUAUAUCGAGAAGGUGGCCAUCUGCAAGCAAGGAAGAGAGGUCUCACCAGAAAUCAACCAUGCUGGCUCCGGGAUCUAGGACUUCCAGGCUCCAGAACUUCUCCUCCUCCAGCUCUGCGGACUCAGGCCUGCUCCUGUCUCCUGGAGGCACAUGCCCAGGACCACGCAGUGGCCACAGGACCCUGAUGGCUGAAGACCAGGAAUCAGUGACCUUCAAGGAUGUGGCUGUGGAUUUCACCCUGGAGGAGUGGGGCCAGCUGGGGCCUGGCCAGAGGGAGUUGUAUCGGGACGUAAUGCUAGAGAACUACCAGAACCUUCUGUCACUGGGGGUGGGCCCUCUUGGGUGUAAACCCGAUGUGAUCUCCCGUCUGGAGCGAGGGGAGGAGCCCAGAAUGGAGAAGAAGGAAGCCCGGCAAGCUACCUGUCCAGCCUUGCACACCAGCUCUGCAGCUCCUUGGGAGUCAUUUCUGAAAAAGAGGGUUUCUGAAGAGGCCACUUCCCCAGUGGGAGAGAGGGAGGGAGUUUUAAGGGAAGUGCUUGGAGAUGCCAGGCUGGCGGCAUCCUGGACCUGGAGCUGUCAGUUGGAGGACCGGGGAGAGCAGGAGAGGCGUUUGAGGUGUAUGUUUGCUCCUCUCAAGGAAACUGUCUGUGGGGAGAGAGGCCUGGGCUGUCACGAGCAUGGGCGGAGCCUCAGGCAGACCUCCGCCUUCAUCAGGAAGCAAAGAGGGCCUGUGGGAGAGAGGACUCGGAAGAGGAACGGGCCAAGAAAGAGCCUGAAACGCCAAAGAACAUUUGUAGAAAAGAAGCCACUUAACUGUGCAGAAUGCGGGAAAGCCUUCAUUUACCAUUCAGACUAUAUUCUACACCAGAGGAUUCACACUGGAGAGAAACCCUACAAGUGUAAUGAUUGCGGGAAGGCGUUCAGCAACAGCUCGUAUUUCAUUCAGCACCACAUCAUUCACACGGGAGAGAAGCCCUACAUGUGCAGCGAGUGCGGCAAGACCUUUACUCAGAGCUCAUCGCUUACUGAGCAUCAGAGGAUCCACACUGGAGAGAAGCCAUACAAAUGCAAGGAAUGUGGGAAGGCCUUCACCCAGAGCUCCUCCCUCAUUAAACACCAGCGGUGCCAUACUGGGGAGAAACCCUAUAAAUGCAACCAGUGCGGGAAGUUCUACUCACAGGUGUCCCACCUCACCCGCCACCAGAAAAUCCACACGGGGGAGAAGCCCUACAAAUGUGGUGAGUGUGGUAAGGCCUUCUGUCACACUUCCUCCUUGACUCAGCACCAGACAAUCCACACCGGAGAGAAACCCUACAAAUGUAACGAGUGUGGGAAAACCUUCAGCCAUAGCUCGUCCCUGUCCCAGCACCAGCGAGUUCACACUGGAGAGAAACCCUAUGAGUGCUCUGAGUGUGGCAAAGCCUUCAGCCACAGUUCAUCCCUGACUCAGCAUCAGAGAAUUCACACUGGUGAGAAGCCCUAUGAGUGUAACGAGUGUGGGAAGGCUUAUACACAGAUUUCCCACCUUAUGAGGCACCAGAGUGUUCACAUGGGAGAAAAACCCUAUAUAUGUAAUGAGUGUGGAAAGGCUUUCAGUCACACCUCGUCCUUCACUCAACACCAGACGAUUCACACUGGUGAGAAGCCCUACAAAUGUAACGAAUGUGGGAAAACCUUCAGCCAGAACUCUUCGCUUACCCGGCACCAGAGGAUUCACACCGGGGAGAAGCCCUAUGAGUGUAAAGUUUGUGGGAAGGCUUAUACCCAGAUUUCCCACCUCAUCCAACACCAGAGGAUUCACACUGGAGAGAAACCUUAUGAGUGCCGUGAGUGUGGGAAAGCCUUCAGCCGGAGCACCCACCUUAUCGAGCAUCAGAAAAUCCACACAGGCGAGAAACCCUAUAAGUGCAAAGAGUGUGGGAAAACAUUCAGUCACAACUCCUCCCUCACCCAACAUCAAAGAAUUCACACUGGCGAGAAACCCUACGCCUGCAAGGAAUGCGGGAAAGCUUUCAACCAGAGCAUCCACCUUAUUCAGCAUCAGAGGAUCCAUACGGGAGAGAAGCCCUAUAAAUGUAACAACUGUGGAAAAACCUAUACCCAGAUUUCGCACCUUAUUCAACACCAGAAGGUACACACAGGCGGCAAACGCUAUGUGUGUAAGGAAUGUGGGGAGGAUUUCAGCUGGAGUUCACACCUGACUGAACACCAGAGACUUCACACUGUGCAUGACGCCUGCGUCUGCGAUGAUUUUGAGAAAGGCUUUGCGUGGAGCACACAGCUUGCUGAUAUUCAGAGAACUCCUGCUGACCAGAAAGCCUGAGAAGGUAGCAGAUGGGCAGUUCUGAUGCUGGGUUCGGUGUAGCCUUCAUCAGCACCAGUAACUUCCUCCCAGAGAGGAACCCUAACACUAUAUAUUGAGAGAGUUGCUUCUCUAUUUCCUACAAGGACCUGGUGCAGUUUAUCACCAGCUGGGACAGCUUCUGAUCAUUUUAGGAGCUCCCCUGCUAAAAUCUCAGCUUCCCCCCUAUUUUUCAGUCUUACGGCAUCCCCAGAGGGUGGUGUAAAUGGAACAUAACAUCAUCUGAUAUCUUUAAUAAGGUCCCUGUGAACUUUUUAAAUUUAUCACUCAUUCAUUAAACUGGAGCUUGAAAAUUCGAGGGAAAAAAAAAAUGGGAAGAUUAACCCUUCAGAGUACAAGUCUAUGUAGCUGAACACCAACACUAGAUUUUAGUAUCCUUUAAAACUCUAAGCUACAAAUUUCAUGGCAAAAUCCACAGUUGGCUUAAACACAGUAUGUUCCACUAUUUACAGCCAUUUUUAAAGCCUAUUUUUUGUGUCUUUCCCAUGUCCAGGAUUUACGCUUUAUAAAGGAGUUUCCCUCUUAAGCAUCAUUUUCUGUUUUUAUUUAUGCCCAAAGGGAAGUUUUUCUUUCAUCAUAUUUUCAUCAUAAAAACAUAGUAUUAAAAAAGGGAAGUGGUAGCGCCUGGGUGGCUCAGUCCAUUAAGUGUCUCACUCUUGACUUCGGCUCAGGUCUUGAUCUCAGGGUCAUGAGAUUGAGCCCCAAGUCAGCAGCGUGGAGCCUGCUUAAGAUUCUCUCUUUCCUUCUGUUUCUCUCUCUCUCCCUCUCUAAAAAACCACCAAAAACCAAAAAACAAACAAAAAAUAGUAUUUAUAUUUUAUUAUAAAAAUAAUGCACAUACUUUUAUAACAGGAAAUAUUUUAAAGUAAAAUAACUUAUACUUAACAUAAAGGAUAAUUUGGAAAGUGUCGAGAAGUAUGGAAUAAAAUACCAAUUCUCCAUAACCACACAGCCCAGGGAGAGCCUGUCAUUUUGUGUGUAUUUCUUUCCAGUUUUGUUUUACUCUGUCUUCCAUAUCCAUGUUUUUAAGCCUAAAACAAAAGCAAUAUGGCCACCCUCAGAAGUCCUAUUGUUUUGAUUUUUUUGUAUUCCCUUUCAAAUAUCAUCUUAAAAUAAAUGUUAUUUUAUUUCACUGUGAUCAGAGCGUAGAAACAAUUUUGGCUUUCUCUGAUUUGUCCCUAUUAUACCCUGAGCAUUGUCUUUUGUAAUCACAUACACUUCAUACUCAUCAUUAUUCAGGCUAAUAAUAUUUCUUUUUUUUUUUUUUUAAGAUUUUAUUUAUUUAUUUGAGAGAGAGAGAAUGAGAGAGAGCACAUGAGAUGGGGGAGGGUCAGAGGGAGAAGCAGACUCCCCGCCGAGCAGGGAGCCCAAUGCGGGACUCGAUCCAGGGCCUCCAGGAUCAUGACCUGAGCCGAAGGCAGUCGCCUAACCAACUGAACCACCCAGGCGCCCCAGGCUAAUAAUAUUUCACUGGUGGGUGUAAAAUAGUUUACAAAUCCAUUCCCCCACGUGGAUUUUGUUCUAAGCCCCUGAUUUUCACAGGUGGUUCACCAAUUUUCCCAAUUACGAAUGUUAGAAUGAGCAUUUCCAUACUUGCUUCCUCUGUCCUUCUGAGGAGAUUAUUUCUCUAAGUCAUGUUCCUAGGUUGGAAAUAGCAGGAGCACGAUUCUAAUGAUUUUCCUGAUUACUGGAACAUCUUGUCAAAUUGCUUUCCAAAUGGCCUGGUCCCAGUCUGCCUGGGACAAGCUGGGCAUGAGGACCACAGUUCCACUCUAUUUUUACCAGCAGUAAACAUCCAUAAUGUUUUCCUAUGUCAAACAUAUAAAAUGACUAGUGUUUUCAGUAACUUAACUGUGUGCCAAGUUCUGUCCCAAGCCCUCGGUAUGUCUCAAUUCUCGUUCUUUCAACAGUCCCACCUCUUCAGGGCUAUAUUGUCCCAUUUUACAGGUGAGGACACCAAAGCACAGGGAGAUGAAGUGGCCAAAGUCUCACAGCUAUGAGCUCGUGGAGUAUAGAUUCAAGCCCAGGUAGUCAGGCUCAGAAGCUAUGCUCUGAACAUCUAUGGAGAUUGAACACAUUUCAGGUAUAAUGUUUCCUUCUUAAAAUAAUGUUUAUUAUUAUAAAAAUCAAUACAUGCUUCUUAUAGAAAAUUUAGAAGACCCAAGAAAUCCAGAAGAUUUCACCCAAAGUUCAGUGCCACCCAGAGAUAACUGUUAACAUUUGGAUACACUGCUGCUACUUUAAAAACAAUACAUAAUAUUAUAGAUGCUUAAAUAAAUUUGGGGUAUACUGAAUAUGCAAUUUAGCAUACUUCUAGUUUACUUUAUAUCACGAGCCCCUAUCGUUAAAUAUCAUGAUUUAUCCAUGUCAUUAAAUCAUCUUUAACAACCAGAUGUUUGGGGGGGCGUUGCAUAGUUAAUUCAGCCAGUGAAUUCACCAAUCCCCUGUUGGACAUUUUAGUUGUUUCCAGUUCUUGACUUUUAUAAACGUCCCUUCUGCUGAAGUUUUUGGCUGAGCACCCGACCAGUUUCCAAGUGAAAUCUGGGCAGGGAAGUCAUGGGGUCAAAGGAAGAAUGUUUCAGUGAUCCCAGAGACGUGGGCCAAUGGCUUCCAAGAAGUUCUGUGUCCGUUGGCAAUCUGGCCACAGAGGAUGGGACUGUGUCUCACCAACAUCACCCAUGGUAACUAUUAACAUGUUUAAAGUCUUCCCAGGUAUUUCUUUUAGUAUAUGACUCCUUUCGUGGUUGAAGAAAUACUCGUUUAUGGUGAAUAAUUCACCAUAUUUAUUCUCUAUAAAUCUUCAUUCCAAAGAUUCUAGACUUUUUUCUGUGAAUAUGAACUUCCUUUUUUGUUUUUAUGAAACUGGUUGUGUGUGUAUAUACACACACAUGUAUAUAUCCACAUAAAAACAGUAUACGAUUUGUAUGGUAUAUGCACAAAUAUGAUUUAAGAUGUUUAUUUUUUUAAGUAAUCUCAAACCCACAACUCCGAGAUCAAGAGUCCACAUGCUCCACCCACAGCCAACCAGGUGCCCCCACACAUAUGAUUUUAGAAGUGACUUUUUUCACUUGGUAUAAUGUGGAUAUUUUCCCAUGAUAAUGCAAACAUGUUUAUAUAUAAACAUAUAUAUGUAUCCUCAUUUAUAACAACUGCAUAAUAGUUCAUGCUAGGGUUUCUUGAAUUUAUUUAACCAAUCCCUAUUAAUGGACAUUGAGAUUGUUUAUCUUUUCUUUUCUAUCACUGGAUAUUUACCAUUUGACACUGUGCAAGAUAUCUCCAUAAGAUGAAUUUCUAGAAAUAAACUUGUGGGACCAUAGGAUGUCCAUGUUUAAAUUUUGAUAUUUAUUGCUAAAUAAUCCUCCAAAAAAGGAUGAACCAAUUUAUAUGACUCCUGGAAGUAUAUAUGAAUGCCUAUUCUCUGUUGCCCAACUUCCUUAAAAAAUUACUCAGUAUUAGCCUUUUAAAAAUAUUUCUAGGGGCACCUCGGCGGCUCAGUCGGUUGUGUCUGCCUUCAGCUCAGGUCAUGAUCUCAGGGUCCUGGGAUCGAGUCCUGCAUUGGACUCCUUGCUCAGCGAGGAGUCUGCUUCUCCUUCUCUCUCCAUGCUCCCUCUCCUUCUGUGUUCUCUCUCACUCUGCUCUCUCUCAAAUAAAUAAAUCUUUUAAAAACUUUUAAAAAUAUUUCUCAUCUAAUAAGUAAAAAUGUCCUAGCAUUAGUGAGAUUAAUGACCUUUUAUGUGUUUGUUAAGGUUUUGCUUUCUUUGGACUGCUUAUUUAUGUAUUUUGUCCAAUUUUAAUUGGGCUGCCUUUGUGUAUUGAUUUAUAGGAGCAAGUAUUACACAUAGUAACCCUUGGUAUAUACGCCACUAAUAUUUUCUCCAGGUUUGUUAUCGCUCUUUCAAUUUUGUUUAUGAUGUAUUUUGCUACACAGAAUUUUUAAAUUUUUAGGUAUUCAAAUCUAUCUGUAUUUUCUUUUGUAGUUCUUGGACCUACUAUCAUGCUAAGAAAGGCCUUCUUCACACCCAAGAUUAUCCUAUAUUGUGUUCUAGUACUUUUAUGACUUUUUAACAAUUAAAUUUUUAUUCUAUCUGCAUUUUUAAAAAUGUCUUAUGGUA